AUGUACGUCGAUCCUUCUACUUCUAGGAUGAUGAAGAAAAGGAACAGAGCGAGCGUCGAUACGGCGGUGGUUGAUAUAUGUCGCCGUGAAGUCGGCCAUCUUUCCACCAGAAAAUUCGCCCAUCGUCUCGCUGCUUCCGAGGAUCUAGUCCUGAGACUUGAUCUUGUAAGAAAGCUGGAAAAACACAGAGGAUGUGUGAACACUGUGAGCUUCAAUGGAGAUGGAGACAUUCUGGUAUCUGGUUCAGAUGACAAAAGAGUUAUACUCUGGGACUGGGAAACCGGAAGUAUUAAACUUUCUUUCAAUUCUGGCCAUAAUAACAAUAUCUUCCAAGCAAAGAUCAUGCCAGGAACCGAUGAACGAACCAUUGUCACUUGUGCUGCUGAUGGCCAGGUGAGGCAUGCAACCAUCUUAGAAUGUGGAAAAGUGGGGACAAAAUUGCUUGCAAGACAUCAAGGAAGAGCUCAUAAACUAGCCAUUGAGCCUGGAAGUCCACACAUCUUCUAUACAUGUGGCGAAGAUGGAUUGGGUCAACAUUUUGAUCUGAGAACAGGAGAGGCAACAGAACUUUUCAGUUGUCAACCGGUUCAUGGUAGAAGCUUCAUGCAAGUUGUAAACCUAAAUGCUAUAGCAAUAGACCCACGAAACCCUAAUUUAUUCAUGAUCGCUGGAUCCGAUGAAUUCACUAGAUUAUAUGAUAUCAGAAGAUACAGAUCGAAUUCGAAUUUGAAUUCUUCAUCUGCUUUUGGUCAACCAGUUGACCAUUUUUGUCCCAAACAUUUAUUAGGAGAUGAAAAUGUUGGAAUUACCGGAUUAGCCUUCUCGGAUCAAAGUGAACUUCUUGUUUCAUACGGUGAAGAGUUCAUCUAUCUUUUCUCAAAGGAUAUGGGGUGGGGUAGUAAUGUAAAUUCAGUCUUAGAUGUUGAUCGGACGAUGGAAUCUGAUUCCAAACCGGGCCCACAACAAUACAAGGGGCAUCGGAAUUGUAUGACAGUGAAGGGAGUGAACUUUUUUGGGCCUAAAUGUGAGUAUGUUGUGAGUGGAUCGGAUUGUGGGAGAAUAUUUAUUUGGAGGAAAAAAGACACGGAAGUUGUUCGUGUUAUGGAGGCUGAUAAACAAGUGGUGAAUUGUAUUCAACCGCAUCCACAUACAAGUAUGCUUGCGAGUAGUGGGAUUGAGAGUGACAUCAAGAUUUGGACACCUACUGCACUUGAAAAGGCACCUCCCCCAACAAAUAUUGAGAAGUCGAGGCCUAAGAUGAAUACUUGGAUGUAUCAAAUGGUGUCACCGAGAGAAAUGGCACUUCAAUUGCUGUCAAUGCGAAGCCAACAAGCAAGCCCAAUUGAGAAUGUGAGUGUGAAUAGAGAAGGUAAUAUGUUGGAGUUUAUUUUGAGUUUUGAUGCUAAUAGCUCCGAGGAAGAUGAUAAUGAAGAGGGAGGGCCCACAAGUGCUCAUGACUACUUCUAUUAAGUUGUUUGUGCCAUUUAUUGGUAAGUGUACAUAGAGUGUAGAGAAAUAAGUUGAAGAGAGGUCUUGGAUGAUGAGUUUGUGAGACCUUCAAAACUAUAAAUAUAAUACA